GGUCUUGGGACACUAAUAUUGAUUCUCCAUUAGAGGUCCUUGAAUGUUCUUUAUGCAUCGUCAGCGAUGGCGCCUCGCCCCGAACAGGGACCCCUUUAAAGUGCUUGGGCUUAAUCGAUCAGUUUCGAAAGCCGAAGUGAAGGUGAAGUACCGCGAGCUCGCGCGUGUCUACCACCCCGAUUCCGAAACUGGAAACAGCAAAAAGAUGGAGGAGAUCAACCAGGCGUAUAAACUGCUUAUGAAGGAAGGCGGGUUUGAGCGGCUGCACCUGCCGACGAAUCAAAGCAGCGAUGGACAGAACAGGAGCCCGUCUGAGGAACGACGCCGCCGCACCGUCAGCACGAGCGCGCCGUACGCCGCCGAACAGCAGGCUGAGGGCGGCUCCACUUCCUCGACGUCUACUAAAUCCACCACCUUCCACGGUGCUGCGCUUUCGGACGAGGAGAUGGAAAAGCUCAGCGCUCUCGAUCCGACUACGGAGCGGUACACCCCUUCGGGUAAAUACCUGUAUCAAAAUCGUGAUGAUCAUACUUGGGUUGAGCUGGAUCGGCCUUUGUACAUGUCUGAGCGGCCUCGUUAUAAGUCGUUUACUUCCGAUGGGAACAUAUUUGAGGAGAUGCGUAGACGUGCGAUCGAGAAGGAAAAGGAACAAAACGAGAAGACAGCAUUCCAACGUGCCACAGAUCGAGUUGCUGAUAGCGCAGAUUUGCCGACUCGAAACCCACGGUUGCUUAUGCUUUACGUUUGCGUGCUCUUUGUUGCGUUUUAUUUUACGUUUCAGAGGACUUUUGCGCGAACGAAGCAUCAAAGGAAUCGAACCAUCUUUUAUGAUGAUCUUGAGGCUCAGAGAGCUCAAAUGGGGCGGGUUUAUGAAGAAUACAAGGAUGGAUUAGAAUUGUCAGCCGCCACUGCGGGCAUUAUUUUUUUAGCUGCCAGCGAGGGACGAAUGAUGGCUGAUCCCGUUCAGCCUCCCGUGCCUGAGGUUUACUUCCACGCAGUGUGCCCACCGAAGUGCCAUUUUAACGUCGUUGCGGGUGGUUAAGAAUCGAGGAUGGUGUAAUGGUUUGAAAACAUGAUAUACCUAUUUUUUCAUAUUUUUGUAUCCACAGAUUUGAGCCUUACACAUUGUUUUAUUUAUUAUACGUAAUUUUCCUAUCUGUUUAUCUUUGAAUUUAUUCUUUACUACAAAUAAAGAAGAGAAAUAUUUUAA